AUGCAGCCCUCACUUACCAAGGCGAAAUCUAUUACGCGAAGGUUGGGGCUCCCGCGACCUGCACGCCGACAUCGACUCGAUGUUCAAGUCCCGACAGCACAUGCCGCGAGUUGGGUUGCGCGUUACACUGCAUGCUCCGACCAAAUCUUCACUUCACAGCGGCACCAGCGCCAACCACAAAUCCGCCACAAACGCCACACAAGAAUAGGUAGUAGUAAGAAGUCCGGUAACAGACACCGGCAACAAAGCUCGGAAUCGAAGGAGAGCGGACUGGACCUGUCGGAUCUAGACCUUAGCGCGAUAGAGUUCUCGGAGCGGGAGAUGCGAGCGCUGUCGGGGUUGACGCCGGCGCUGUCGCGACGCCUGCAGCGCCAGCUCCUGGCGCACCUGCCGCCCGCCGCCGCGCGCUCGCUGCGCCGCACGCUGUCGCUGCACGCGCCCGCGCCGCAGCCGCCGCGCGCCGCGCGCUCGCUGUCCGCCGACCAGCCCGCCGACAAAACCGAUGCACAGCCGCCUGCGGCAACCGCUCCUCCGUCACCUGCCAUAUCACCGGAUGUCGCAGACGUCGCAACACCUCACUACUCCACCCUACCGCGUCUGCGAAAUCGCUCCGAAACCCGGGAGGGGACUCUCUCCCUGGACGCGGAGAGCGCGUCGCUCUCGACGGGACGCGCUGCCGAACGACCGCUGCUCAGCAAGUACUUGACGCCGGAGCGCGCGCUCUCGCUGGACGAGUCUUGCGGGUCAGACGCGGCCAGCGCUACCUCUGAGCCUAGCUGUGCGUCACCUCUGAGACGGCCCUCUCCUCGUGCGGCCCCUUCCACGGCCACAGAAUUGCCCCGUCGCCGCAUCUCACGAUUUCUGCGCUCCGACUUUUUCGAUUCGCCGCCCGAUGAAAACCUCUACGAGAGACACAGAAAAGAAAGGGAAAUGGAAACUCAGAAAAUAUUACGCGAAAUCCGAGAGAAGAAAAAUCGGCAAGAGGCAGGCGCACGAAACCCUCCGGAGGCCGUGGAGGCUCCAACCGCGUACAGGGACGAUAACGCUAUUCCCAAAAAAUCUCUAUCCCCUAUUACUCUCCUCGCAGCUAAAGACCGCAGUAGGUCCAAUACACCAUUUUUCCCGAUACUUGACAACAUUAAGGAAACCACUGUGGAUACGGCGCUAUCGACGUUAGCCCCGAAACGUUACGCCAAUAUAGAAAACACUAGACAAAAAUCUAGUUCUGAAGAGACUUCCACCCCUAAAGAGUCCAGACUGAUCCGACCGAGGAGCUAUCCGGUCAAAACCUUAGAUUCCAUAGAUGAGCCGAGCGAAAGUGUGCUACCUGAAACUUCAUUAGGCGUAGAAUUAGAGAACAAGGACAGGUCACUGCCAAAAGAAUCAAAACUUUUAAGGCCUAAAAGUUACCCGGCCAGCAGCCCAUCACCAGAAAAAGUUUAUAUCAGUCGUACUAUAAAAAAAGAGGAUCCUAAAAGUUUGUCACCUGAAGACAAAAUUGAUAAUCCCGAAAUUAAUAAUGACAUAGAAGUAAGUUUUAGUAUUACCUUACCUAAAAAAACAAAGGUUGAUGCGACAUCCACAUCUCAGCCACUCAAUAGUAAUAUAUUAGAACACAGUAAUGAUUUGAAAUCAGAAUUGGAUAGCAAAAGUAGUGAAAACAGCCUUUUACUAAAAAAAUAUCAAAUAGUAAAAAACAAAGAAAGUGAUAUGUCCGAAAUGACUAAAGUUAAAACAGAUAAGAGCUCGGCCAUACCAAAUGGCGACCCGCAUGAUGAAUCUCUAAAAGGAUUAUCUAACGGAGAGGCAAAAAAUAAAACUUUAAUUCAACCAAUGAAAAAAGAUGACGAGAACUCUAAAAUUGGUGAAAGUGACCUGAGUGAAAAGAAAGGAACUGUAAAGAAAAAGAUUAUCCGAAAAGUUUCAUCGAAGUCUAAAACGGAUUUAGUAGACACUAGUGACACUAAGAAUACAACAGAGAAGAAAAAAGUAAGCAAAAAAGGAAAAGAAAAAGUUUGCGAUGAAGAUGGCGGCAAGUCAACGACCGUAACAAAAAAGAAAUCAAUGUUGCAAUCCAUAGGACAGAAACUAGAAAAAUUUGCUUCUACUAAAUCCAGUUCUCCAGAAAACAGUGCAACAACCGCCACGAAAAAAAAUAUUAAAUUAAGUAGAAUGCAACGAGAACAAUCUGUUCCAGUAAACGUAGAGCCUACAACAGAGUCGAACCUCAUAAAAAGAGCUGUUACAUUAACGGAUGUCGCCGCUUUAGAAAAUCAAACUGCACAACAAAGCAAAACAACUGUUUCAAAAGUAUUAGGUCUUUUUAAGAAAUUUGAACCAAAAGAAAAAACAAAACAAAUAAUCGAAAAAUCAAUGAGCGAAAGUAUUGAAGAUCAUAAUAACACGAAUCCUAAAAUCGAUUCAACUACGGAAGCUGUUGUUGACAAUCUUGAUAAAGAUAAACCCCGCAGACCCACAUCAUUACUUUUAAAUGGAAUUGGUCGUAAAAAUAAGUAUGGUAGAACUUCUAGUGAUAGUAUUGCAACAUUGACAGUAGAUAAUGAUGAGCAGUCUGUUUCUAAGAAGGAAAACGAAUCCAAAAACAUAAAAAACAGUUUGAAAUUAGAUUUCUCUAGAUUGCCAAGAGUAAAAAAAAUAGUUCCUACUAAUCCUGUGAUAGAACCUCAAAUUAUGGAUAUUUCCUCCGUCGACAGUGAGACUGAAAAGAUAAAUAUUCCUGAAAAAAAUACCGUAAUUUUAGAAAGUAGCAGCAAUAUCGAUAACGCGGAAUCACAAAGUCGAAGUCGAUCAAGAAGUAGGUCAACAAUAUCAAACUCUGAAUUAAAGUGUGGUCUCAGUGCUGACGCUAAGCUUGCAGAUAAAAAUCCCAUGUACCCCUCUGAAGGCACAUCUGCACCUCUGCGUACUCAUGAUCCUACAACGCCUGAAAAAGAAGACGUCGUCGACAGAAUACGAAGGAAGAGUUUUUAUUCCAGGUUCAACGAAAAGAAACAACGACGAAAAAGUAGUCUGGUCGGCCCAGGAGCGGCCGAGUACGACCCAGUCGCUCGGAUACACUCUCAACCUACUGAUAGUAAGUACGACAUGUCACCUACGUCACCUCUGACGUAUGACUUAUCGCCGAUGUCACCGGGGCUCUCCGUAUCGUCUGACCUCUCGCCUUCCACGGAACGCUAUAGAUCUCUUUUGGCCGAUCUGCCUGUUAAUACUAGAAGUAAUUUAAGAUUUGAAAAUUAUGGACUUAAUGAUAAAAUUGAUACUUAUAGAUCUCUAGAUCGCAACGACUUUAGGAAAUAUCCGGGAAGUCGGAGUUACUUAGAAUAUGAACAGCCCACGUACGGUACCAGCAGAUAUGCAAGAACUAAGUCUCUUCUAGAAAACUCUGAUAUAACAGAAGAAAACAAUAGUGUAGGAAAUUUAAGAGACUCGCACAAAUAUAAUAGAACUUUAUCAAUGUAUUCUCCUGGUAACUAUGCUACGUACAGGCCGAAAAGAACAACCCGUAAUUCUGCAAUAAUUUUGAAAGAGAGUGAAAAAGAACCGAGUCCCGAAAAUAUUUUGGAUAAAAUAAAGCAAAGAAAGAUAUCGAUCAGCGUAACCAGGAAACCCGAUUCUGAAAAGGAACCACUGCCAAGAUCCAAUAUCUCGUCUAAAGGCGAAGGCGACGGUGCAGAAUGCUUUGAGAAAGUUGACUGA